AUUACAUCAGAAGGGACGCUUCCUGUUGUUAUUAUGACAUCACCUCCAGUACCGUUAGCAGAGUCAGUGGGUUUACUGUAUGCAAUGUUUUUAAAUGUUCUGCCGAGUCACUACUGAGAUUAAUCAUGGGAAACCGACGGAGGAAGAGAGGGCGAGAACACAGAGAUUCUUACGGGAUUAAGAUCUCUGAGCUGCUGACCCAACUGGCUGUGAGAACCACACCCCCUAAUGGGCCCCUCCCCCGUAACAUCAGCCUCCUCCCCUCCUUCACCCUCCCCGCAGUCCGAGAAACGACCGCCACCACCCGCUCCAAGGCCCAGCUCCCAGAAUGCAUCACGAAACUCUCAGACACCCAGUGUCGGAAGUGGUACCACCAGAGACCAGCCACGCCCUUCUCCGCCUCUACCCCCACGCCAGCCCUUAACCCUAGACCUGCCCCCAACACCCUGGGACACACCACUGGUCUCGCCUCCACCAAUAGCAGCCAACCAAGGAGCGAGAGACUCAGCCUGGUUUCCCCUGAUUUGUUUUUCCUACCCUAUCUUGCGGCAUGGAGGACUGCGAAGAGCUGUGAUUCGCUGUCAUCGGUGAGGGAUCUGUUCCAGAAGGGUGAGGUGUGUCCAGACAUCCUGGGGUUGAAGGAGUGGUCGAACCAGAGACCUGCAGCCUGGAUCAAGGAUACAGCAGUUGCAGCACAACACAUGGCGAUAGAACCUGGUGUGAAUAGCGUGCAUUACUUUGAGGACCUGAGGGACCUGCAGAGGAAGUUGUUCAGGGGGAUCCUGUGGAUGUCCAGCAGGGGUCGCGACCUUUGAGCUGGGUGAACAUGACAACCUCUCCAGGACUUUAUACACCAUCAGCCUCAAACGCACCUCCCACAACACCUCCCUCCUCUGCUCCCCCACCAUCACGCCUCACUCCUUUGCUCCCCCCACACCCCCCUCCUAUGCUCCCCCCCACAACCCUACCUGAAAGACAUUUAAUAAAAAUAUUAUGUAAAUGUCCUUAAGCGUAAAUAUACAUUAUCUGUUUUAAAUAGAACAUUUUCUGAUUUAAAUAUAACAUUUUCUGAUUUAAAUAUAACAUUAUCUGAUUUAAAUAUACAUUAUCUGAUGAAAGGGGCAAGACAGGGAUGUCCUCUCUCCCCUCUUCUGUUUGCACUGGUACUUGAACCACAUGCAGAAAUAAUUAGACAGGACCCACAUGCAACAGGUAUUGGGGGAGUGUUAGAACAUAACGAACAAAAUUACAGUUAACAAAAAUGGCUGCUUAAACCAGUAUAAACUCAUGUAUAGAAUGUAUUAUACCAGAGACCAAAUUCACAACAUCUACAGCACAACGGCUGUCAGCACACAAUGUCUCAAGUGUAAGCAUUAUUUUCACUCUGUUGUUUUAGGUUAGUAUUGUGGAGUAACUACAAUGUCAUUGAUCCAUCCACAGUUUUCUCCUAUCACAGCCAAUAAACUCUGUAACUAUUUUAAAGU